UAGUGGAAUUUUGUAGAAAAGUCUGGUAAAUUAAAUUGAAAUGUAAUUUGUGAUUGUUUUGUUGUACGGAAUGAUUGUGUUUCUACUAUGAGUUACGUGCAGAAUAUAAUCGAUCGACAAUUAGGGCUCUAUUACCGCUUCAACUACGACAAUGUGUUAAAGCGGCUUGUGGUUGAUGGCGAGGAGUCGUUCUAUGGUCUGCAAAAUUCGUCGGUUGCAGCGCAAUUCGAUCAUGAUCCCCCAAUAUUUGCUUGCCGGUUCUCCGAAGCACAAGGCUACGAGCACAUUCUCGCGAUUGCUAAUGAAGAUGGAAGAGUUGCCAUACAGGACACAACAAGCGUCGGCUCGGCUGGAACGCUGGAGAGCUUCCAGUGCCACAAUAAUGCGGUGUUCGACCUCGCGUGGAUGCCACAUAACAUGAACUUUGUCACUGUCUCAGGUGACCACACCGCAUGCCUGUGGGACAUCGGCGACGGCACACCAAAAAGCGUCCAGGUAUUCUCAAACCACACGAAAUCUGUUAAAACUGCCGUUUUCAGACCAACUGAGCCGUCAGUAUUCGCCACCGGCGCGCGAGAUGGACACAUCCUUAUCUGGGACAUCCGAGCUAAUAGCCAGCCUUCAGUCAUCCUAAAACCUGAUAAUUGCCUCAUGAAUUGCCAUUCCAGCUAUGUCCCGAAAACCCCGGGGUCCCACGGGAAGAGACCAAGAUUCGAUAACCACAGAGCUAUCAGCAUCACGGGAUUAGUCUUCCAGAAUGAUCAAACAUUGAUAUCUUGCGGCGAAUGUGACGGCAACAUCAAAGUGUGGGAUUUGAGGAAGAAUUACAACAUUUACAAACGCGAACCGUUGCCAAAGCAUUCUAUACCGUACUGCGGUAGUUCGACUAAAAAUGGUUACACGAAUUUGAUCAUUGAUGACGCUCGGAUGAGACUGUACGCCAGUUGCAUGGAUAAUGUCAUCUAUUGCUUCAACAUAUCCACUUAUAAUUCUCUACCGGAGCAAAGGUAUAUAGGUCACGAAAACAGUACGUUUUAUAUCAAAACUGGUCUGAGUCCUGAUGGUACGUAUUUGGUCAGCGGCAGCAGUGAUAAGAAUGCUUACGUCUGGAAUGUGAAAUAUUCGGUGCCAAUAGUGAAAUUAACAGGACAUUGGGCAGAAGUGACCUGCGCUGCGUGGUGCCCGACAGGAGACAUGAAGAUAGUAACUUGUAGCGAUGACGCAAGGCAUAAAAUAUGGCGGAUCGGAAAGGAGUUUCCCGAUUUGGACGUCGAAUUUAAGGGGCAAGCAGAAAUAGUGCCCAGAACCGAAGUGGGGACUUUACCACAAUGGGGCUCUUUAGAUAAAACUCCGAGUUCUUUGAAGAGAAAACUGAUCUCAACGCCUAACUCUUGUAGCGCUAAACGUUUGAAGGCUAAUCAACUAUGCAUGAAUACGUCUAUAAGGAAAACAAAACGGUGUUUAACGGAUCUGCUGAACGCUUCCAAAGAUGGCGACGACAGCGAAAUUAGCGGAAAACGGCCAAGAAUUGAAUCCGAAGAGGUUAAAUUGCUACCCGCUGGCAUUAAAAGGAGAAUGAAUGAAACCAGUCCGGUUAAAAAGUGCAUUUUAGAAUCCGACGUCGCAAACGAAUGGAUUUACGCCGCCCCAAAGCCAGGCACAUCCUUCAUGACUCCCACUAAGAAUUACGAGAAGAAGAAUUCUAAAAUAAUCUCGCCAAAAAGUCCUAAAGUUAUAUCUCCUAGUACAAUUCAAAGAUCCCCAAUCAAAGUGUCGCCCGCGAAAGUUAGAAUCGUGUCGUUCACGACGCCCACGAAGGAUUUACCUAAUUUCGUGUUGACCGGCGAAGCCCCUCACCUUAGACUAAUGUCGCCGAUGAAGAAAAAACAGGAGACCACUGACUGGCUGACGAGGAUGUCUCGGGAGAAACGCGGGAAACAAGAUGGCGACAAAUCUAAUGUGACAGCGUCUCCGCUGAGUCCUCGAGAGAAUAUCCCGCCGAGAAGAGGUUCAGUUUCGGAGAAAACUCCAAAAAGCAAGAAAAGUACAACGUUAUUGAAAUAUUUUACUGUGUCGAAGGAUAAGUGAUUGAUGCGAAUUUGAUUAUAGGUUAGCUAAUAAGUACAAAAUGGACUGAAAUUAAAUUAAGUUCUCGAAUUUUUAUUAUUUAUGGUAUUUUUAUAAACAUCAACAAUUUUAUUUUUAGACAAGGUACGUACAAGAGCUGUAUCGAUCCUAACAAAAUUAACCUUCUAUAUUCUUGAUUUUAUUUCUUAGUAAUUACAAACAAUUGUAUAUUUUGGUUUUAGUUUAUAUCUUUGUUUUGGGUUAUAUUAUAUAUUCUCACUAUUAUAUAUAAAUCGAUCUUGAAAUUAAAAAAGCAAGGAUAUAGAAUAAUCAUAAAGAUUGUGUUAAUUUUGUUACAACUAUUUCCGUCAUGGAGACUAUAGUCGUUAAUAAUCACAGCAUUUAGUAUUUUAU